CGGAAAGCAAGCUAGCCAAAGCGUGGCCAUCUGUUAUUCAUAUGGCAGCUUGCUAUCAAGUUUAGAGAUGGCACACUUUUCACUUUCUAUUGUCGUGUAUGAUAUAGCUAGCUAUGUUGUUCCUAUAGCUAGUUAGUCCUUGGUAGUGUGUAACGUUAAUGCUGUUGUGUUUUUUGUCUGUAGUGAUUGUUUUAGCUAGCUUAAGCUUGCUAGCUAACGUUAGAGGAAAUGGCAGAGUUACUGCAAAGAUGUAACGUUUUGAAAUUUGGUUGGCGACUCCUGAAAUCAAGUCACGCAGGAGCAGGCAAACUACUUCAUAUCUCAUCACAGAGUUCCAGUAAUGGCCACAACUUGUUCGGGCUCCUCUUCGACAUCGAUGGGGUGCUAGUGCGGGGCCGCACACCCAUCCCUGCAGCCAAACAGAUCUUUAGGAGCUUGGUGGACAGGAAGGGGAAGUACAAAGUGCCUGUGGUGUUUGUGACCAACGCAGGGAACUCUAUGAGGCAGACCAAAGCUGAACAACUGUCUCACCUGCUGGAAGUGGAGGUGUCUCCAGACCAGGUGAUGCUGUCCCACAGUCCUUUGCGUAUGUUCAGUCAGUAUCACAACAUGUGUGUGCUGGUGUCAGGCCAGGGCCCAGUGCUGGAAGUGGCUCACAAUCUGGGAUUUCAGAAUGUUGUGACCAUAGACAUGCUGAGGGAUGCCUAUCCGCUUCAGGACAUGGUGGAUCACAACAGAAGACCCAAAGACAUGGUUCCACCAAGUAAAGAGUUACCCCCGAUAGAAGCCAUCAUUCUGUUUGGUGAGCCAGUCAGAUGGGAGACCAACCUCCAGCUAAUAAUGGACGUGCUCUUAACCAAUGGGAAGCCUGGGAAUGCCCUGACAACACUGCAGUAUCCUCACAUUCCAGUGCUGGCCUGUAACAUGGACCUGAUGUGGGUAGCUGAGGCCAAGAACCCCAGGUUUGGUCACGGUAUGUUUCUGGUGUGUCUGGAGAGUCUGUAUAAGAAGGUGACUGGCUGUGAGCUGAAGUAUGAUGCUCUGAUCGGAAAGCCCAGUGUGGUGACCUAUAACUAUGCUGAGCUGCUCAUCAGACAGCAGGCUGAGAGUCUGGGCUGGACUGAACCUGUGGAGAGACUCUACGCCAUCGGUGACAACCCCAUGGCAGACAUCUACGGCGCCAACCUCUACAACCGCUACCUACAGUCCUGCCACCGCACCCGGGCCCUGAUGCAGCUCGGAGGGGGGGAGCCUCAGAGCCAACCCCUGGAGGACCCCCACGAAAUGACCUGUGCCGAGAUGGGAGGGGUUACAGGGGCGUACGGGGGCGAGGAGCCCCUCCCUGUGGGGUGCAGCUCCAUCCUGGUGUGUACGGGGGUGUACAGCCGGGACCAGCAGGAACUGCCCCCUGACCCCAGGCAUACGGUUACAGAGCAUCGGAUCUUCCACGGUCACAGGGACUUCCGCUUUGACCCCAACCUGACCCAGCCAUCCUUCAUGGUGCAGGAUGUGAAGGAGGCUGUGGAGCUGGUGUUCCAGCAGGAGGGAUGGCCCCUGGAGUAGGGGCCUGAGUCUCAAUACUGUCCUGUACCCUGGUCACAGCACUGCUUGCCAAGUCAAUUAACAGCAGCUCAAUGUCUGGGUCUCUGAGGCUGUGUUUACACAGGCAGCCCAAUUCUGAUUUAUUUUCUUAUCUUUUUCAGAGCUGAUCUGAUUAAUCAAAAGACAAAUGAGUGGCAAGAAAAUCUAAAUUGUGCCGCCUGUGUAAACACAGCCUCUCUUUGGUUAGGACAGGGUCUAAGAGUUCACAUAGACCCCUCUGUGACCAAGAAACUUCAAAACGUCCUCAACUGCCUCACUCGGCCAUGCUAGUACAGUCGCUCAUACAGCGAAUUACAUCACAAGUCUAGAAUGUCCAUGCACAUUUACCAUACUGUACUGCCAUUGAGAUUUCCCUAACUUUUACAUUUCUGUUGCGUGUCCUGUUCUAAGGAGUGUAGUAUGCUGACUAGACCUGCCAAGUUCCGUGCACGAGCAUUGCAAAAUGUAUGCAUGUUAUUCAAUCAGUUCAUCCAAACUGCACGCGGGCGUAGUCAGGUGCUAAAAUAGAAUUUUGGUAUUUUAAUCUGUGUGUCAUGAACGCGUCUGGUGGGGAGAAACAAAAUCAACAUGUGCACGAUGUUUGAAUAUGUAAUGCUAUCUGUUGUGGCUAUCAUGACUGUUUUCGGCUUGAUGAAUAAUAUUCUUAGUGGACUGAAUACAUGAAAUACACUGUUGAUAGGCCAUUUACUUUACUGUAAUGGGUUAGCUUUUACAAUAUAUUUGUCUAUCCAGGCUUGUAGCAGAAUCACAGGAACAACUUCAUGCAAGUGACCAGUUUAAGUUCAGGAAUGUUCUUUGAUGGACUCCACAAUUGAUGCAAGGCUUGUUGUUCCAUUUACCAUGAACUAAACAUCUGACUGUUCAAGUAACGUUUGGAGCGUCUUACAAUAGCCAUUACCAUGUGAAGGCAGGCCAUUGUGGGGAUGUAAAGCAUUUUGUAUUUUUUAAACAAUUUAUUUUUAUGAGAUUGUUAUUGAGUGUUUUAUGCAGGGAUGUCAACAUUUUUAGCUAUGUUCAAUUGGCCAAAAGUUCUGAGGGAAAGACAUGUGACUGGAAUUGUCAUAAAUACAACACUGUAUUUGACAAAUUGAAGGACAAUAAAGUGUUCACUGAAACCA